UUUAUUCAGUAUCAUCAGUUUAAAUAUUCAAAUAUCAUUAUAAUCAUAUCAGAUUAGCAGUCGUACGAGAAGGUCGUGUUUGCGCUCGUAGGAAGCUACUACCGGUACUCACUUUUGUUUUUUAAUUGCUACCUCAUCGAGGUAUUAUCUAGAUGUAGAGAAAGGGUUAUCAUAUUUCUAUGGAUAAUUAAUACCAUAGAGAAAGUAAAAGGAGAGUGUCCGAAUCAUCAUAGAUUAAUACUAUUUAGAUAGGAAACUCGUAUAAGAGCCACUGAAACGUCGAGGAAUGUUGCACCCACUGAAUUUUGAGGACAUACAACAGAUAUAAAGCAAUUAUUCGUUAAACUUCUGAAUUAGUUUAAUUACUCAGUAUAUUUUAUAUAUAUAGUAUUCCGUUACGCAUUAAAACUAGAGAAUACUUUCAUACCUAACCUUAGCAAAGUCAGCUGUGAUUAACUACUGUCAGUCAAGUGUCAGGUCUGUGUGCUUAGUGCUUUUGAAUUAUUUUUAUUUAUUUCCUGUAUUUAGAAAAUACACUGAAGGAAAUCACCCUCCCUAAGGAUAUAUUUAUUUAAUUGUCACAAUAAACCACUAAGAACUCGUGAAGAGUAAAACCUGAUCUCAAUGGACUUGAACCCAUAUUGAAAUAUCGAAAAAUUGCGUUUUUGUUUAAUAUAUUUUUAGACUAUGGAAGAUGAAAAGAUGCCAGAUGAUAAUAGAGCCAAAUUAUUAUUAACGGAUCCUAAUCAAAAGGAUGCGAAACGUAUGCGAACGGAUUUUGAUACGGAAGACACCUCAAGCUCUUCCAAUAAUUCUGAACAAGUUUCCAAUAAUGAUAAUGAUUGUUCUACAGCGAGCACCAGUAAAGACAGCGGUGUUGCAACUAGUCCUACCAAUGAGGGAAAUAAUAUUGUGAUUGAUAAUCCUGAGGAUACUUUGAAUAUAUCGACUGGAAACGCACAGACUGUGAAUGGUACUGAAGAAGGAUUAGGUGGUGAUGAAGAUGUAAAUGACAGGUCAACAUUAGAAUCAACAAAUGUAGGGCCCAGAGACACAAACAAUGUAUCUGUAGAAUCCUGUGACUCAGAAGGGUUCAGUAGUAGACGCAGCAGUUCAGAAAACACAAUGAUAGACAGUACGGAUACUUAUCCACAUUCUUCAGAUGAGGAGGUUCAAGUGAAUGAUGUUCUGACAAAAGAAAAACCCAAACAUAAUUGGUUUUUGCUGCCUCAAAUCAAGACCAGACAAUAUGGUUUUCCAGCCAAACUAGUCACCCCUAGUCUAUUUCAGCAACGUUGCUAUGGUUCACUUUUCAGUGUCCAAAAGUUAGAACUGAUGUACAAAUUAGAAAAACACGAGGGCUGUGUCAAUAGUCUUAAUUUUAGUCCGGACGGGAAUUAUUUAGCGAGUGGUUCCGAUGAUUUACAGGUGAUAAUCUGGGACUGGAGAGUCGGAAAAGUUCACGUAAAAACCGACACCCAACAUAGAAGGAACAUUUUCCAAACGAAAUUUUUAGACUUGAAGGGUCCGGAUUUUCACUUGGCCACUUGCGGUAGAGACGGAUUGGUAGAUUACAUGCAAAUUAGGAACGACGGACAUUCCGAAAGCCGAAGGUUGGGCUCGCACAGGGGGCCCUGUCAUAAAUUGGCCGUUUUAAACGAUCAACCUCAAGUGGUUUUAAGUGCGGGUGAAGAUGGGAAGGUGUUAAGACACGAUGUGAGACGAAGCAGACCGGACAGGAUUGUACAUGUAAAAGAAGAAGAGGGAGAAGUGGCACUUUAUAGUAUUCACGGUCAUCCCUUGAAUUCUAAUGAGUUUUGUGUUGCAGGUCGAGCUUCUUCUGUAAGGAUAUAUGAUCAAAGAAGUAGUUCGAAACCUUUGGCGGAGUUCUGCCCGUAUAAAAAGACUGACGAUCGAUUUUCGCGGGGGCUGCACAUCACUUGCGCCGUGUACAAUCACGACGGGCGCGAAAUUUUGGCCUCGUAUAAUGAUGACGACAUUUAUUUGUUUGAUACUGAUAAGGGAUGCGGAGAGUACGUGCACAGGUAUUCCGGACACAGGAAUGGAGCCACUAUCAAAGGCGUUUCGUUUUUCGGCCCCCGUUCAGAAUUUAUAAUGAGCGGCUCCGAUUGCGCCCACGUGUUUUUCUGGGAGAAACGAACGGAAUCGAUCGUGCAAUUUCUGUUGGCCGAUGAUAACGGUGUAGUCAAUUGUCUGGAACCGCAUCCACAGUUGCCGUUUUUGGCCACCAGCGGACUUGACUGGGACGUCAAACUUUGGGUGCCGUCCUGCGAAGAGGAACCGACACUAGUAGGACUGAACGCGACAAUAAAAGCAAACAGAAGAAAUCGUUAUCAUGACGGACGUUCGGAGAACCAUCAGGUAUACGAUGUACUGUGGAUGCUCUGGCAUAGUCUGCGAGCGUCGAGAAACUCCCGACAAGCGGCAGGUGGCGAUCGACGUAAUCGAAGACGGAAUUCUGGCGAGAGGGAACCCGUCGGGCAGCAGGAGGCGGAGGAGGCGGAGGAAAACGACUCGAACCCGUGGAACGUCGAUUCGAGCGAUGACGAGAGCUCCUCGAUCUCCUGGAGGUCCGACAGCGAGGACGAGGAUCCGCUCGAUGACGAAAACGGAACGGUCUGUGCCACCUCUUGAUUUUUUUCUCGCAUACUUUUUUAGUUUCUUUAUUGUUAAUUAUUACUAUUAUUUUUUUAAACUGGGGAUCGUUCAUAAAUUACUCAAACGCAGCUUUAUUUUUUGUCGUCAUUGUUUGUUACGUGUACAUAUAUAAUAAAUACAUGCUUUAUCUGUAAAAAUGAAACUAAUUUCUAGCUUUAAAAAAAAAAUGCAAUUUAUGAACGGUUCCCCUUUAUUGUAUUUUGUGGAAUUUAUUUUCGAAAUAUAUAGAGUUCGAUGGUAA